UCUAACCCGAAGCACCAAAGUUGUAAGAGUUGCCCUGACGGAUUCCCUCUCUUGUUUAGGUCACACCGGAAUGUCUCACACACAGUAAAUAAAGAAGACUCUUACGCAUUCAGGGUGAGGAUUUUCUCGAAAGAAACAAAGAUUUUGAGUGGGGUAAAAUAUAGCACCAUUUUAUGACUAGAAAUGGAAGACGAGGAUGUAGUUUUGCCAAAUUCACCCUUGCACAAGUACCUCAACGAAAUCGGUUUUAAUGACUUUGAAGACGCGAAUGGUCAGAAAAAGCAAGAAGAACUUGGAAAGAGCAACCAUGGUUCAGCAUGGAGCUACAAAGACGGUCUCCCUCCGUUUUCACAGACCGUAUUUGAGCUUGUUCGGUAUAUUUACAGCUCAUCUUUGUCGUGGUUUGUGUUAGUACCCUCAGUGGAUGAUAUUGAAACUUUCAGGAAUGACUACAUUGCGGCCGUCUAUGAAUCACAAACACUGAAGAAGGAUGACAUUAGGUUUUUAUCCCAGUUUGAUCCCAAACUCUUUGUUUGUGGCAAAUCGAGCAUGCACAGUGGCUUUGGCGAAUGGAGAUCUUUUGCUUAUGGAAACUACAUUUUGUCCUUUCUUUUGCUGGCUAUUUCUGCGCUACUGGCAAAGAUCGAUGGUGUUGUUAUUCCUUCUGUUUUUAUAUUUUUGGUGAUACUCUUUGUGUCUGUUGCCAAAGUUUUACAGCGAUAUUUCUUCGUCCUUCAACACCGAAGAAAUUUAGCUGCAUUGAGACGGUUCAUUAGGCAAACAAAACAACUGAGUCUCCUGGUGAAAAGAUCUUUAAACCUCAUUCAAGAAAUAGAACUAACAUUAAAAGGUUAUACCAUGAUAGGCCCAAUGAUGCCUACAUUUUUUUCAGAAGGUGGUGAAAACUUGACAGAAUCAGUGAUUUUUCCAGAAUUAAGAAAGGAUAUUAUGGAAAAUACCGAGCCUGUAUUGUUGUCAAUACAGAAUUCUGCUAAGAAGAUACUCCUUCAUUUUCCUCUCCCAAGGGAACUUGCUAAGAUUUUUACAUACUUUUCAACAGGAUCCAUUGGAAAUCUGCAUGUAGGAAUCAAGAAAAUUGUAUGGGAUGACUUGACUGAAAAAAUGUCAUUGCAGGGCUUAAUAAAUGUGGCAUCAUUACUUUCAAGCCUGCAGUCAGAAUUCCUCAGUAGAUUCUUGCUUUGUUUAUCACCUGAAGCAAGUGAUGGUAACUUAAAUGAGUUAUACAUUAAACUCUUCAAAAACGUAGACAAGAUAUUUGGAAUUUCCUCGAAAAUGAUAGAAUGUUCUGUAACAUCAAUCAAGAGAAGUUAUCAUGUACAUGAAAGUUAUUGCUUCAUAAACAAAGAGUCAGAGAAGCCUCCUGUGAAGCCCCGUGUCAAUCAGACAGCAAGUGCUCUUCAUGUAGCUCUCCAUAGCAUACAACGUCACCUUCAGGUUGGAAUUUUGAGAGUACAGUCUCUUCAAAAGGAAAAAUACAAAUGGUCAGAGUCUAAGGGAGAUCAUGAACCUAAAGCCAAGCAUUCAUUCCCUGCAAAUUUAGAGGUAGCAUUUCAAUGGCUAAAAAGUGAUCUUGAUUCAGCAUUAACUUGUUGGCAGGAGGGAGAAGCAUUCUUUAGCAAACUUCUAGGUAAGGAACCUACUGUAAAUCAGAACAGAGAUUCUUUUGACACCAUGAGUGAUGAAAGUUUGGAAGAAUCACAUGAUCUUUGUGCACUGGAACUGAAAGAGGAUGUUGAAGAGGUUGAUAAGGUGUAUGAAGCUUUUUCUGAUCCUUAUGAAGAAGUUGCCAUUGGCCACCAAACUCCAAAUGUUGAGGAUGUCAAAAAAGAGCUGAGAGAAGCAAGGGAAAACAAGCGACUGUUACAAGAACUCAAGACUGUUUUGCUUUCAAAGGCAAAGGAUCCACUCAUUGGCACUUCAGGAUUUGUGCAACCUGCAGUGAAACAACCCAUCAACACUGUAAGCAAAACAUGGCCUUGUGAUGGCCCAGGUGGAAUUAGUAUGCAGAAAGAAGAGACAAAAAACUGCUUCAAUUUUAAUGACUCUAGUCCUCAAAAAUGGCUGUCCUCAAAUGAGGUACACAAUCAGCUGUCUGCUCUGCACGCAAAUGAGCAUCCUAAUGGGCACCCCAUGCUGUUGGGAACUUUCCCUUCAGUGGCUGUUUCAGUUGCUGCUGCAGCAGCUGCACAUGGCAAAGCUAUGGGACUGAAUGAGGAUACCUUUUGUAGUGAAGAUACCGAAUAAAAAAAACUUCCAAUCAGUACAAUUGGCCAUUAAACCACUAAGAAACCUGUUGUUUGGGGGAAGUUUGCUUUAGAAAGCAUAUAAUUUUUGUCUCUCCUCUCAACAGUGAAUAAUUUUAAUUAUGAUAUCAACCUCCGAGAUUCCAGAAAGUAACCUAUAACUGUUUUUAAAUUUGUCUUCAAGUGAAGUGGUGGCUAUUUGUAAGAUGAUAAAGUCUCAUUCUGUUUUCAUCUAUUUCUGGGUGAUCCAUUCAAACUAAUAGGAACUACAAAGAAAUGCACUUUAAGUAAGGAUCAGCCCAGUAGUUGUUUGUGAACCAUACUGGUUGAGACUAUUUGAUGGGUGCACAGCCAGAUCACUGAGUGGAGAAGUUUUGACUCCUCUAGCAUCAUUUCUGUCAUUUACCUUAAUACGUGUGCUUACACUGAAAAUGAAGAUUAAUGUUCCACAAUGACUAUGCCAAAAUGAAAUUACUUUUAACUGAAACAAAAACCCAGUUGACACUCCUUCAAAAAGAGUCCAUGGUCCAGUAAACGCUCUUCAAUUUGGCCAAAUGUUGAGCCUGCUGACACUUUGUAAAGGAAAUAGGUUAACCCUUUAUCCCCUAACAGCGACUAGCAUCUAAUUUUUCCCUACAAUGUCCCCCCUGAAUCACACAUUGAGGUCAUGAGA